AUGUCGAAACGGAGCGCACCAGAGGAGGACGGCCAACCGCUUACCAAGAGGCUACGCAAAGAUGAGACCUCCACACCGCUAGAGAGCACGCUUUCCUACCCAUCUACGAGUAUACCACCCAAGAUAUCCCCAGUCCCAAUCCAACAACCCACAUCACUGUUGACCUUCUCGUACACACCCUCCCGCGAGCUCGUCUGGGAUGACUCGGCGAUGAAGUACUACGUCGACCCCCCGCCCGGAGCAGAGCUGUCGUAUGGGUACGAGCGGUGGGUAAAGAAACCGGAGGAGCGCGGGCGCAUCGAUAGCUUGCUCAGGGCAUGGUCGAAAGCACGCAUGCCGGGGAUUGGGUUGGUCUCGUGGAGGGGCGUCAUGACCAAAAUAUUGACAGCGCCGUAUGAAGAGCGGGACAGCUGGGAUCUGAACGUCAUGUGCGUGAACGGAACCCUGUAUCUUGAAGAACAUUCCUCGGAUGCGCGGUUAAAGGAGAAGGAUGACAUGAACCCCCGCCAGCGAAUGCAAACCUACUACGGCUACGCCUUCGAGUCCUGGUGCACAUCCUCGAGUCCCGACCGGCCGGAGUCAUUACCAGGACACCGAGCGGGCUGGGGCGGGGACGUCGACACCAACGUCCAGUGGUGCAACGUCAUCAAAACGAAAUUGGGCGACGUCCGGAUGGUCAUCGGCGGGGAAGUAGAUUGCAUACGGGGUAGGAAGGAUGGCAAGCAUGACGCCUUCGUGGAGCUCAAGACGUCCCUAGCCAUCAGGGACCAACGGGACGAAGCCCGCUUUGAGAAGAAACUGCUCAAAUUCUACUUCCAGUCCUUCCUCCUCGGGGUGCCUGAAAUCAUCGUCGGCUUCCGCACACCCUCCGGCCGCCUAACGACAAUACAGACCUUCAAGACGGUCCAACUCCCGCGCCUCGUGCGCGGCAAGCCAGGCGCGUGGGACCCGCAGCUCUGCCUCGACUGGGGGCGACGGUUCCUCACGUUCCUCAAGAGCACCGUCCAAACGGACCCUAACACGCCUGAAGAGAAUAAAAGGGUGUGGCGGGUGCGAUUCACGCCGGGGAAGGGCGUGAGCGUGCGGCUACUGGACGAGGAGGGCGUGAGGGAUGUGGAAGGAGGGGAGGAGAGGGUAGGCUUCUUGCCGAAUUGGUUUUGGGAAGAGGAAAUGGGGAGAAAGGAGGGGGAUAAGGAAGAGCCGCGUGCAAGUGAGCAGGGCAAGCGUGACGAAGCUGAGCCUCCUGUAAAGCUGGACACUACGCGUACACAGCUUCCGCUUGGGUGGACAAUAUGA